AACCUCCACAUUUUAACCGUAGUCUGGCAGGAGGCUGUCUGUCUCACAGGAAAAGGGGGCUGGUUGGUUUGAAGAGGGAGGCGGAGUUUUUCAUGCUGGAAGUUCACAGAUUUGUUUCUCAGAGAGGAGCAGAGAGUUUUAAUGUGAAGGAGAAAGUGGAGAAGAAACCAAAGGUGACCUGAGGUGGGGCUUUGGUCCAGUCCUUUCGUAGAGCGUGCCGCCAUGGCUCAGUACCUGGGCUAUUUCACCAGUGUGGGCGAUAAGCAGCGGCAGCCAGUCGAGUGGGAGGAUGAAGAGCUGCAUGCGACCAGCGAGGAGCUGAGUCCGGCCACUGGCCAGUUUCCAACUACGAUAACCUUCAGGGAUUCACUGCAAAGGCUGUACAGCUCCGAGCGGUUCCAGGUGCUGGUGGUGUGUUUGGUAAUCCUGGAUGCCAUCUUUGUUCUGGCGGAGCUGCUUAUAGAUCUGUCUCUUAUAAAAGUGAAUCAUGGCCACAUUGCUGAGGUGUUCCACUUCCUGAGCUUGGCUCUUCUCACAUUCUUCAUGGUGGAGCUGGCUGGGAAGCUGUUUGCUUACCGCCUGGAGUUCUUCCAACACAAGUUUGAGAUGUUUGACGGAUUGGUGGUGGUGAUUUCCUUCGUGUUGGACGUUGUUUUCAUCUUCCAUGAAGACGCCUUCAUGGGGACGGGUCUCCUCAUCCUGCUGCGACUCUGGAGGGUGGCCAGAAUUAUCAACGGUAUCCUGGUGUCAGUGAAGACCCGUGCGCACCAGAAGAUCCAGAAGCUGAAGGAGAGCUAUGACCACCUGGUUCAAAGAGUCACAGAGCUACAGGAGCGCAGCGAUAAACUGGAACAAGAGAACCAGAAACUUCAAGACCUCCUGAAGAAGCACGGCAUAGACUUAUAACUUAUCAAGCUAACUGUUGUGGAGCUACUGUUCAGUAUCUUUUAUAUCACGUACCUUUCUGCACUAUUUUCAAAUUAUACAUUCCAUGAUAAACUUGUAUUUUAGACCUGAUUUCAGUAUUUCUACUGCUUGUUUACAAAUCCUUAACCGUUACUAUAUUAAAAGGGAAAAUCUUCUUUUUUUGAAUACCUGUAUCAGUAGAUCCAUAUCCAGGUUUCUUGUCAUUAUAGUGAUGGAAACCAGUUAAAGGGCUGCAUACAUUGCAUUUCUAAUGAAUGUCAGAUAUUCAGAUGCUACUGGAUAUCACUCCAUAAAGCUACAAGGUCAUGGCCUUGAUUUCAUAGUAAAUAUUUGAAUGAUUCCUCACACUGAUGACUUGCACAUGUAACUAAAUGUACAUCUGCUAAGUGACAUUUAAAAGUAUUGUAUGUUGUGUAAAAAAAAACAAAAACUAUGUCAAUAAAUGAAGUGAUUUCGUUUAUUAAAAAAA